AUGCAUCAGAUGGGCGGAAAGGGCCGCAUGGUCCCUCUAAAGGCAAUCACAUCUCAGCAUCGCAAUAAUGUUGUCAUACGGCUGGAAGAGCUGAGCCGAGAUGCUUUUUCAGCGACCGCCUGGAGACCGGCUAGAAGCUUUAUCAUGUGCGGGUCUAAACCUGACCUGUAUGCUCUUUGGGCAAAGGCUUUACUGCCUGACAUGGCUGAGCAUCACACCCUCGAAGGGUUUAGGCCCGCUCAGUGA